AUGGCUGGGCGUGCCGGCUUGCAUGAGGUCUUGGGGUGGCUGUCACAGCGGGUCAGCCAGACACUUUGCGACCUCAAGGAUGUCCAUGGAAUCACCGCGAAGAACUACGCAAAGAUGUCAGGCGUGCCACUGCCGAUCCCGGCGCCCAUCCCAGUGCGCAGCACGAGGUCACCCAGCCCACAGAGCCAGAGCAAAGGAGGCGGCAGCACCCGCAACUCACCGCAAAGUGGAAUGAGGAGCGGGAGUUUGCGCUCCGGCAGUGCCAGCCGCAAAGACCGGACUUCGGCACAUGCCUUCGACUUCUUUGAGGUGGCCAGCAGCCCUGCGCCCACGUCACCUCCCCGGCGGCAGGAUGCAGUGGCGCCCGAAAGCGUCUCCUUACCUGGGCAGCUGCCAUGCCAUUCUACGCUCGUGGGAGGCACACCGCCUCCGCCGCCCACAGAAGCAGAGUCCAUGUACGCGGCCUUCGACAGCCUCGAGCGGCUGCAGAAGCUACGGAGCCGGUCCCCGACCUGUGAUGCCAAUACUGUGGCACUGGCAGCGGCGGCAGCGGUGGCGUCAGCGGCGGUGAGCACUGCAGCAGAGUUAACACCAGGCUCCCUGACCGAAGGUGCUGAACGUAUCGAGCCAAAGUCCACGGAAGGUUCUGACAUCGCUCCAGAGCAAAGCAUGCAAGCUCGAAUCCCGCAGAUUGUCCGAAGGUCUCUCACUGAAACGUUCGAAGACGUGCAUGCUGCUACUGAAGCUGCUGCUCAGGGUAACGAUCUUUCAGAGAUGGGCAUCUACGACGAAAGUCCGGAGGCUGGACGGCUGUACAGGCUGAGCUCGCUGCCCGCUUGCGCUCUGGGUGCCGUCGCACCCGCCAGCCGCAGGCUCCGGCAGGUGGCAGAGAGCCAUGCGGUCUGGAGCCUGCUCUGCGAGGGGCUCUGGCGCCGGCGCGCGGUGCUGCGGCGCUUCACGGCCCUGCGCGCGGAGGGCCGCGGCCGAGAAGCCUACCGGCAGUCCCUCGCAGAUUCGCAGCGCACCAAGAUUACCAAAGGCGAGCUGGUUUCCAUCACCUGGUCUUUCCGCUUCAAGGCGGCGGCGGGUGAAAGCUGGCAGCUCAGUGACCCUUGGUGGCGAGGCGGCCAAGCUACCCGCGUACGUUUCCGUAAGGACGGGGGCGCUGCCUUUAAGCGUGGGCCUUUGUUCGGCCGCGGGCCUCGGCUCCGCUGGCGCCUGGUGCGGCUGCCGCAGAGCUCGCUGCAAGCGCUCGCCCUGGUCAACACGGAGGGUGACAACGACUUCACGGAAUUCGGGGAGCGCGGAGUGCGUGCUUCCGUGAUGGGCAGAGAGGUUCCCACCUACUGCGUGCGAAGGAACAAGCACAACUGGGGCUGGUCCAUGGAGUCCUGCUGGGUCGUCUGGAGCUCCUGGCCCAUGCCCGAGCGCGACUCCCCCGAAGCGGCGCUGCUGGCGGAGGAGAACUUGCCCGUGACCUUCGACCUGCAGGAGGCGCAGGCUGUGGCCUUUAAUAUCGGCCAACACCCGGAGGAGCAAGAAGAGGAGGAGGACGAAGACGAAGGCUCCGAGCAGGACGAGGUCGUGCCGCCUGAGGAGUGGCAAGUUGAUGACAUGGAUGAAGUCGAAGAAGCAGAGAGCGAUGAGGACUUAGACGCUCGUAGCGACGGACCCACCUUGUACACAGUUGUCCGUAUCGACGAUCACCUCGUGCGCCUGCCCCGCGUCCUUGUGGAGAACACCCCGCAGGACGACCUGUUGGCGAUGAUGCUGCGCCGAAGCUUAGAUUUGCUGCCAGAGGGCUAG